GGGGCCAUUUGCCACCCUCUUCAAUAUCCAGUCCUCAUGAGUGUGAAGGUCUGUGUGUUGGUGGCUGGGCCCAGGCUACGUGGGCAGGUGAAUUCUGUGACACACACAGUGCUGAUGGCCACACUUACUCUGUGUGGGCCCAACCAGAUCUGCUACAUUCUCUGUGAUAUCCCACUGCUCCAGAAGCUCUGCUGCUCAGACUCCUCUGUCAGUGAGUUUGUGCUCCACAUGGCCAGUGCCACCAUUGGCCUGAGCACCUGCCUGUUUACUGCAGUGUCCUACAUACUCAUCAUCUCUGCCAUCCUAAGGAUUCUCUCUGCUCAGGGCAGGAGCAAGGUCUUCUCUACCUGUGCAUCCCACCUCACUGUGGUGGUGGUCCUCUUUGGAACAGUCAAUUUCAACUAUGACAGGCCCAGAGAAGGCUCCUCCCUGGGCAUGGACAUCCUGGUCUCUGUGCUCUUCUGUGUUGUGACCCCCUGCUGA